CCGUCGUACUCGGCGCUCCGAUAUGGCUACAAGACGAAGUCAUCCGAAGUCUCGGAACGGUUGUAUCAUCUGUAAGCAGAGGAAAAUCAAGUGCGACGAAUCGCGUCCGACUUGUGCUAGCAAAUUGUCUUCGAUACGGCGCCAGCUGCAGCUUUACGCCCCCAAAAGCUGGUCCUCUUCCUGUUCGCCUGCCCAUCGAAGCCUUGUCUUCUCGAUCACCGGAUAAUACAAGCUCUCUAGGCACGGACUCGCAAACAACUUUUACUAAUCUUGGCAUCUUAGCCAACCCCAGCUCCACAAUAUCAACCCUGUCGGGACUCGACGAAUGUCGAGAAUUUGAACUAUUGCACCACUACUGCACCCUCACAGCCGAUUCACUGUCACAACGUCUAGAUAGAUGCCACAUCUGGAAAGUUGUCCUGCCGCAAGUUGGUUACCAAUAUAACUUUGUCAGACAUGGCGUUCUCGCCCUCUCAGCCAUACAUAAAGCGUAUUUGAACCCGAGCCAACGGCAGGUCUAUUUAAUUCUUGCAGCCCACUAUCAAACCCAAGGCUUAAGUGGAUUCAGAGCCAUACUGUCCCGCAUUACGUACAACAAUUGGAGAGCUGUAUUCUGCUUUGCUACUAUCGUGAUAGUUUAUGUCUACUCACUGCCAUUAAGGGCGGAUGAUAUGAGGCUUGAGAAUCCUAUUCACAACUUAUUGGAGCUGUUUACGGUUGUUCGGGGGCUGCGUGUUACUCUUGAACCGUUCAUUCAUUUAAUAGCAAAAACCGAAUUUGCACCAGUAGUUCAUGGCAUAUGGAUUCCUGAAGGAGAAGAAGAAAAAAGCUAUCUACGCAUCCGUUUCUUGGCCACUAGGUACAGUUUUGAUUAAUCUUGUAAUAGCGUCCCAUCUCUUGAGUAUACCAUGCUUCCUCCAGAUACAUUUUCCAUCCUAUCUUCUCUACGAUCGCUGCUCCAGGGAGAGUUACCUCUUUCUAAGACACAACACUACGACCGUGCUAUCGAUGGGCUAGAAACAUAUACUAAACUUGUAGCAUAUGGCGGCUCAUGUAUUGAGCCUGGUAUGGUAAUCUGGUGGUCAUGCAUACUCGACGAAACAAUUAUCAAAGAC